AUGAUUCUUAUUAUAUUGGAUAUCAGUUUUGAUGAGAGUCGAUGCGGUUUCGACUACAAUCGGGGUAUUCUUAGUGUCCUUCUAUUAACCUCGAAUCCUAUAGGCUUCCUUGAUCAACUUUGGAAGGCCUCCUGGAGAAGACCAGCCAGACUGGGCCCAGGCUCUUGUUGGUACAUAGGCCGAAUAGAUCGGAGAAGGCAGACGCUCUCGCGGCGAAACUGGCGGAAACUAUUGCGGAGUACGCAGAGGUCGGCAGGACGGGUUUCCGGCCUGGACGACUCCGUCACCAGGGCGAAGUUGCUGGAGGCGAUGGCAGGCAAAGGCUGCACCGCCAAUAAGGUGACGGUCGGGGAGAUUCGACCUGGGCCGGGUGGCGCUAGAUUCGUGGUGGUUCGAUGCCAAGUAGGGCCCGCCAAAAAGGUGGUCCUGGAGGGGACACUCAAGGUGGGCUGGAGUCUCGCGAGGGUGCGAGUCCUUGAUGCCCGCCCCAUGCACUGUUACAGGUGUAUGAGAAAGGGGCACACCGCCCAGAGAUGCCCGUCGGGCAUGGCCCGUAGCCAGCUGUGCUACCGGUGCGGGAUAGCGGGUCACAAGGCGGCGGAAUGCCGCGCUGUGCCCCACUGCGCCGUGUGUGAGGGGACGGGCCGAUCAUCUGGCCAUGUCAUGAGGAGUAGGCGAUGUGACUCGCCUGCCACCAGUGGCAAGUCCUCUGGGGGUGAGGUGGCUGAGUCUCCGGCGCCCCCGGGCGGGGGAAUGUCUGAGUGA